AUGACCAAAUGGUGUACGGUGUACGGUGACCCUUUGGAGCAUCCGCAGGUCGAGACUUAUUGGGAAAAUGUCAACCCAAUUGGCGUUCGCAGUUGUUAUUAUGAGGGAAAGCGUACAGCUGAGACCUUGACUAUGGAUUAUCACAGGGGCCUAAAUAUUGAGGUGAGAAUUGCUAGGAUCUUUAACACUUAUGGACCACGUAUGUGCAUCGAUGAUGGGCGUGUGGUUAGCAAUUUUGUUGCUCAGGCUUUAAGAAAGGAGCCAUUGACUGUUUAUGGGGAUGGGAAGCAAACUAGGAGUUUCCAAUACGUUUCUGAUCUGGUUGAAGGUUUGAUGAGGUUGAUGGAAGGAGACCACGUAGGACCUUUCGAGUAA